CAUAACUCAAUCUAGGAAGGCAUGAAAAUUUGAAAAUUUCUAACCAUUCAAUUGAUUCAAUCUAGGAAGGCACGAAAAUUUGAAAAUUUCUAACCAUUCAAUUGAUUCAAUCUAGGUAGGCAUGGAAAUUUUGAAAUUUUCUGAACAACGGUUUUGCGAGUCAGUUUCUUAGUUAAAGUUGAAAGAAGUGGUUGUGUAUUUGCAAUUUGGUAUUGCAAUAAAAAAAAAUGGAGGAUUCCGACAAUGGCGCAGUUCAGGAGUUGAUAAGUCCUCGUAUCAAAAAGAAAAUUACAAGAUCAACCAACAAGGACUUAGUUUUGACAAAGGAAUUGGAAGGGGAAAGGAAGCGAAAUGCAUCAUUACUUACUAAAUUAAAAAAAGCCAGAGCAGAUAACAAACGCUUGGAAAAAUCUAUACGCGAUGGGAGCGUUGUUCAAAUGCAUUCUACGAUGAGGGAAGACAAAGACGACAACCAGCAUAGUUCAGUUCUUAUAUCAUCCAUGAGCAAUUUAUCAUUUGCAUCCCUCAACGUUCCCGAGUGCAAGCCUGUAGACGGAGAAGAAGAAAUUGAUCGUAAAUCUUACGAUCAAUGGAGACACAUGUUAGAAGCCUCAAUGCACUUGGCAGGAGUAAUUGAUGAGAUAACAAAAAUGAACAUAUUUACGAUAAAAGCGGGUCCGAAACUGUUAGACGUUCUUGAAGGAACAGUUUCUCAUUUAGAAGAUCCAGAUAUUGAAAGAUUUCCAUACGCAAAUGCCAUUCAACGUUUGAACGCAUUUUUUGGAUCACGAGAUUACAUUUUCAUGCAGAGACAGAAAUUAAGAUCGUUAACUCAAAAUUCGACAGAAACAGACGUUAAAUAUCUCAAACGUGUUAUUGCCGUAGCCAAAUUGUGCGAUUUUAAAGAUGACAAUUUGGUGGAACAAGUAGCCGAUUCGAUUCAAUUGCAUGCGCGCAAUCGUAAAGUUCGAGAAACAGCUAGAAAAAUUCUACGUAAAGGUGGAUCCCUAGCGGAUCUUCUGGACAAGGUACGUGUUCAUGAAAUGGAACAAAUGAACGAAGAUUUGUUCGCAAGAAAUCACUCUCAAGCUUUGCAAUUGGCCGCAUCAAUAGUCGCAGCAGGUGGACAAAGAAAUCAGGGUGAUAAGAAUACUUGGUCUGGUCGUAGUUUUCCAAACAUGAAACCAAGAUUCAUGAAUAAUGGGAAACCUGCAAGAGGAGGAAGAGUUUUGAACCGCGGAAGCUUUGUCAGAAAUACAAUUCCACGCAUACCUUGUUGGAGAUGUUCGAGCCGGCAACAUCAGCCAUCCGAAUGUUAUGCUAUUGAUCAGAAUUGUCGAAAUUGUGGUAUUAAAGGGCAUUUUGAACGCGCAUGUCAUCAGAAGGAAUUUAAGGCGUCGUCAUCUGAACCAGUUAAGCGUCGUUACAGCACUGACGAGCAUGAAUUACUAACAAGGUCUAAAAAGAUUGCAACGGUUGAAACAGUGGAAAACAAUUUAACAGAUGAAUCAGUAAGUGUACCUUCUCCAUUACACACUGUAUAAUCGAAUGAACAGAGAUAUAUUAAUUUCAUACUACUCAU